UGACAUUUUAUAAAUAGCGUCCCAAACAACCAAUCAUCCACGCUUUGAAGAAUGGAGACCAGUGAUAAAUAUGCCUCAUUCGAAGUAGAAAUGAGUUCCCCAGUUAAUUCCAAACCUCCAACACGACUUUUGAAUUAUGAAAGACAUGAAACUACACAAGAAGAGAUGGCGGCAAAACAGAAAAAUGCAGAAGAGAGGCGAAAGGUUUAUGAAACAGAAAGGCUUCGAAGAAUACAAGAAAGAAGCGAGGAGUGUUCAAGAAUUAACACCAAAGUUAGCCAUCUUCUUGCACUUGACGCCAAGAGACAAGGUUUGGAGGGAACAAGCCACGUGAAACCAAUCUCCACAAGAGAAGCCUUGCAAUCCAUCAAAUCACUCAGUAAAGACUUUUCCAGGAUAACAAAGGGAUUCAGUGUGGAUGAUAUGCAAUCAUAACAUACCACAAGUUGUGUUCAUACAUUUGUAUUCCUUUUCUCAUCGAGAAACAAUUGUGAUCAAAAUUAUCUUUCCAAAUUAUUUAAACACUUAGGUGAAGAUUAAUGAUAAGAGUACAUAGAACAAGUGUUUUUAUUCAUCCAAUUAAUCAUCUUUUUAUAAUAUUGUAAUAUAGUACAUGUAUAAAUCACUAACAACAUCUCACUGUUUCAUUUGUUUAUUAUUUUCUGUUUUGUUUAUCAGUUGUUCAAAUAAACAUCUUUCAAUGCAAA